AUCACGUGGUCAGCAACCACCUAGUUUACAACAUGUCUGAAACUGAAUUAAGGGUUCGCUUUGUCCAUCUAUUAUCCUCGGGAUAUGCAUAUGUGGACAAGGGAUAUCAAUUCUAAUGCGUGUGCAUAGAAAAGGAUAAUGGCUGAGUUCAGAGUUGGAGGACUUUUAUUUACCUCUAAAUUUGACUCUGGAAACUUAGCUCGUGUUGAAAAAGUAUCCAAAGAUGAAGAGGAAGAAGAUAAUGUAAAGUAUUAUGGGGAACCCAGGCCAGAUUAUGAGUUCAAUGUUUGGACACAUCCAGACUGUCAUGGAACAGAGUUUGAGAAUGGAAACAGGUCUUGGUUCUAUUUUGGUAUCAGAGGUUGGUCACCAAACCGCCUGAUCAAAAUUAACAUCAUGAACCUCAACAGACAAGGAAAGCUGUACAGCCAAGGGCAUUGUCCUUUUACAAAAACUGUCCCAGGCAAACCAAGAUGGGAAAGAACCAGAGAUCGGCCUUCAUUUGAGAAUGUAGAUGGACAGUUUAUUCUGACCUUCACCUAUCGUUUCCUGGACGUGAAGGGGGCCAUUACUUACUUUGCCUUUUGUUACCCAUGGUCUUAUAUGGAACAACAAGAGAGACUAAAUGAAUAUGACAAAAAAUUUUCCCACUGCAGAGAGCUGAAUAACUCCAGUCCGAAAGACAACAUUUACUACCACAGAGAACUGCUUUGUCAUUCAGUGGACAAGCUACGCAUUGACUUGGUUACUGUCAGCUCUUGUCAUGGAAUCAGUUCAGAAACCGAGCCUCGCUUUGAUCACAAUUUGUUUCCAGAAAAGGAUGUGCCCAGAUGCAAAAAGUUUCAUGGAAAAAGAGUGUUUUUACUCAGUAGCCGAGUCCAUCCAGGAGAAACUCCAGCCAGUUUUGUAUUUAAUGGAUUCUUGGAAUUUAUCUUGAAAGAAAAUGACCCACGUGCCAAAUCCUUAAGAAGACAAUAUGUUUUCAAGUUUAUCCCAAUACUGAAUCCAGAUGGUGUUCAGAGGGGUCACUAUCGAACAGAUCAGAGAGGGGUAAACCUGAACCGCAUGUACUUAGAUCCUAGUAUUGACCUUCACCCUUCCAUAUAUGGUUCUAAAAGUAUAUUAGUUUAUCACCAUGUGAAAAAUAGGGUAGUGCGAGAAAAUGACAAUGUAAAUAUUCGUAUCAACUUCCCAGGUUACAUUUUAACCUCUAGUCCAGACCCCCCAACACCUCGUAAGGAGAUGAUCCAGCAUGACGCCGGGGACAUCAAUAAUCACAAGUCAGCUAUCAAUGGUGCUUAUUCUGCAAGGAAAGACAGAAGUGUUCACAAUGGACAUAGUGAUGCAUUUUCAUUACCCCCAAAAGAGAACUCCUGGGUGAGCCAAUCCAGUGUUCAUGAUGGGGGACUGAUGCCUCCAUCAAGUAGAUUGAAAAUUGAGCCAUUAAAUCUCGGAGAUCUGGAUAGAAUGGACACAACAUUAAGUGAAUCAAGAAAAUUAAUGGGCAAUGAUAGUAUUCACAUGUCUUCAUCCUGUAGCAGUGUCCUGAGCAAUAUGACUCUGAAAAACGAGAGAAAGACAGUGGACAGUGAACUUCGUCUACGUCUCUCAGAACUGAACAUGUCAGAUGAUUGCCGUGGUAAAAUGACAGGACUCAGCAUGAUGACCUCAGUGAGUGUUGGACUCAAUGACUCAGACAUUGAGGAUUUGUAUCACACAGAACACCUAGGUAACGAGGGCUCAGAGGAUGAGGAUGACCUUGUGCCUGCCACCUUUGGAAACAACGCCCCACAUCUCUCUGACCCCUCUCUACAACAGAUACCUGCUUCAGACAGUGGCAUAGCCUUCUAUGUAGAUCUACAUGGGCAUGCCUCUAAAAGAGGAUGCUUUAUCUAUGGAAAUUAUUUUGAUGAUGAAGAUACUCAGGUUGAAAAUAUGCUCUUUCCAAAGCUGAUCUCCAUGAAUACUGCACAUUUUGAUUUCACUGGUUGUAAUUUCUCGGAGAGAAACAUGUAUGCCAAAGAUAAACGUGAUGGAAUGUCCAAAGAAGGCAGUGGCAGAGUGGCUAUCCACAAAGCUAUAGGAAUCAUUCACAGCUACACCUUGGAAUGUAAUUACAACACUGGGAGAAUGGUUAAUCCUGUACCUCCAGCUCAGGGUGAUGAUGGCAGGGCCACACCUCCCCCUAUAGCUGGAUUUCCACCCAAGUACACUCAAGCCCACUUUGAGGAGGUUGGUAGAGCUCUGGCUAUUGCUGCCAUUGACUGGAGUGAGAGCAACCCAUGGUCGCGGAUUGGAAUGUCAGAACACAACCAUCUGAAUGGGGUCCGGGAGAGUGUGCGGCGCUACAUCAGGAGCAUGAGGGGUGGGCCCAGGAUCCCUCGAAAUCCGUCCAAGUCUUUUGUCAGGAACAACAGCAUUAGCAGUAACAACAGUGGCAAAUUGAAUUAUAAUCAGAACAAUCGGGCUCCAUUUUCUCGGAAUGAUAUCAGCAGCACAGCUAAUAAUGGACCCACAUCUAGGUUCAACAGCAGUGCCACAAACAAUGGAUCCAUCUCCAGAUUUAAUAAUAAUACUAGUAAUGGUGGAUCAGCAUCCAGGUUUAACAAGAGAGACUCCUCGGCUAACAACCCUCCAAAGAGAGAGCUGGGACCUGUCAGAGAAGCAGCUAGACCAAAUUUAAAUACUCAAACUCAGCAGAGGAAACGGCCAACGCCAACAAACUACCUACCUGCCCAGACGUCUCGGUCCACUAGUAACCAGCCAGUCACCUUGACAAUGACCACAGCGGAGGUUCAUACUCAGAGACAGUACUCAGCAGAGAACGCCACCAGGACACUAGAUGAUGAGAAGCUUAAUCCUCUCAAACAUGUCAAUCUUCUUGCCAUUGCUAAGAAAUCAGGGCCUCCUAGUCGUAUCCCCUUACCUACAGGUCGACAGUUUAUGCAACUAACAUCCCCAACAGUUCAGGAAUUAUCUCCCCCUCGAGUGCCAAAUCGCAGCGGUCGAUACUCACAGAGAACCCCGCAGCCUUACCCAGUUAGAAAGGCUAGUGCGGAGGUCCUCUCAGUCAACAAUGACUCCCCACUGGGCUCCCAUGUCACUAAUCUCAGCAGUGUUACAACAGGGGAUCAUCUACCUACAACCCCAGGCAGUAACCCUCCUCCCAUCAUCCCUACCCCUCCCACAGAUAUCAAUGGACUGGACAAUUCAAAUAGUGAGAGUGCAAAACGUCGAAGAAGGUACAUGUACAUGAAGAGAAGAAUGGUGAACCAGAGUCCCAAAUUAGGAAGUGCCAAUAAAGGUCAGCAAAAGACCGGUGACACAAGUAGUGAGGCAGAGCGUGCUAAGAAUAGACGUAGAAGGCGUAAAUCCCUGCGAAAAGUUAACCAAUCUCCGUCUUCAGAUGAGACGGGGCAAGUGGUCAUAGGUGUAGCAACAGUUAAUUUUGGCACAAGUUCUACUGGUGGCGGAAAACAUGGUUUAGAGGGCAGUUCGCUCAGACUGUCACCAAGACUCCACAACCCCAGUUUUUACGACUACCCAGACACUCGUCUCCCCCUCAGACAGUUAUCGACUCCAAUCAGAAAACAGCUUAACUCCGCGCCAGAUUCCUCUACUGUAAUGUACUUGGAUAUGAAAAGGAAAACCACGUCUUCCAAGUCUCACCGGGAUCAGAGAUUCUCCCCAAGCAAACUUACCGUCUUCUGGAUUGAUGACUGACAUAUCAAAUCAGGGAUCACUUUACCUUAGGUUUACAGUCUGGUUAUUAAUACAUGUGGUACCCAGGGGCUCAUUUUGCAAAAGGUCUUAUGACUGAGAUCAGUAUUUUUAAUUAGUAAAAAAUGUGUUCAUUUGUAUGUCAAAUCGUGAAAAUGUACUGUUUUUAUAUACUGAUCUUCGAUCAUCUCUUUAAAUUUCCUAUGAAUUUACAUGGGUAAAAAGUGCAGCAUUAGAUGAAUUGCAAAAAAUAUAUUUGUCCUACAUCAUGAGAUCAUUUGUAAAAUGGGCCCCAGGUUUUAGAUUAUAAAAAAAUAAAACCGAAGGAGCAUUUCAUUCACCCAGUAUUGUGUUAAGUUGAUACUAUUUAACAGCUAGUCAUGGUCAAGAUUAAUUUCAAGUAUGCAGGCCAAUCUGUUUUACUAAUAACUGUCUUGUAUUUGAAAGAGAGAAGGAAUUCUAAUUUAUGAUGUAUGUUUCUGAUUUUCAUUAGAAAUCUGUGAUAAUGUUUUAACAGCAUAAGAUAUAUUGCAUAUGUAGGUGUAUACAUGGGCCUCAUAUUCAUUUUAAUUUAAAAUUUGUAAAGUCAUUCCAUUUAUAUUCAUUCUUAUUCAAUUUCAUAACGUAAAUUGAAAUCAAAACUUCUUUAUAAUCAGUUUCAAAAAGUGGUUCAUAACAUUAAACAGAUAUCAGUUUUCCGUAAAGAAGAAAAGGAUUUGCAUCUGAUCCUAUGCCAUCAAACAUUUAUAAUAGUAACACAUGCAAACAUACACACGAUUUUAUUCAUAUCAAGAUUUUUAUUUUUUUUGGCCAUUUUUAUUUUUGCUCUUUUUACCCUCACCACCAUUCAGCAAAUUCAAAACAGGGCUGAUAUCAAAAAUGUAUCUAAUUGGAAGGUGGCAAGAUUUCCCAAACGGGGUGAAUUUGUUUUUUCAAAGCUUUCGGUCGAUAAUGAUAAGGGCGAGUAAUACCUGGUUUGUGGCCUGGUUAUGGGCUGUAUAUUUUUGUUGCUGCCAUACCUGUAUCAAUAUCUAGUCCCAAGAAUCUCCAAUAUAUUGCCAGUUCUUAGUGAUAUUAAUUGCUGGAUUCCUAUACUAUUUACCCAUUUUUCUCUGCAUGUUGUAAGGUUAACAGGGUGAUAUUUUCUUAAUUUUCAUUUUUUAUGUCAUAAUGUGAAAUUUAGUGGCAGUAUGUUAAAGAAGAAAAAAUGUACACUGUGAAUAAUGACUAGUGCUAAUUUACAAAAACAAUGUUUUUAGUAUCUGUUAUAUGAAUGUUUAAUUUCAUCGAUACAUUUAAUUUUUGGGAGUGGGGGCACUAAGAAGUGAUUAGUCACUUAUUGAUUUUAAUUUGAUAUAGGUAAAGAUUUCUUUCAGUACAUGAGCUUAACUUUUUAAAUAUUUGUUUUAAUUUUAUUUUUUACAGUUUAUAUAUAUUUAUAUAUUGUUUUGAUCUGUGAUACAAAAAUUCAUAUCCAUAAAUCUUCCCUUUGAACCUAUAUAGCGAUACCUCUCCAAUGUAAUGAUUAUACAUUCUGUAUAUAUAUUAUACAUUAUAAUGUAUACCAUAUAACGGUGAUUUUCUGUGGUUGUCCAUUUUUUGCGGAAUGUUGUGAAUAGGAAAAAGCCUCAAAAUGUAUAUACAUGCAUAUAGGUAUAAUGCAACCGCGGAAAUAGGAAGCGCAGAAUAUAACUUGUUACCAUUUACAGAUCAAAUCACAAAAAUUUCAAACCACAGAAAAUACCCAUUAUAUGGUAUAUAGACAUUGAAGUGCAUUGUUUCAUAAUCUCAGUGCUAGGGUAUAUAUAUAAUGAUGUGUUUUGACGCUUUAAUAUGUACUAGUUUAACUAGUAGCUGUAACUUGUCAAACUGUUUCAGUCCUAAUGUGAUUCCUGUAGGCUUGUAUAAUGUACUUCAGCUAUAAUGUUGUUCUAGCACAUCCUAUAUAGUACCAGUGUGCAGAAGUGGUGCAGACUAUAGUACUAAUUAUAAAAUAAACCCAUAAAGGAGCUAUCAUGAGUUACCUGGCAUUUAUGUAAAAUUUGCUAUGAUUUACUCUUCCUGAGCCAAAUGUGAUUAAUCAAUGUUUUGUUUUGAUCUAAUGUCUUUGCUGAUAGAGAUAAUAAACAGUUUUUACUGUAAAGAUUUUUAAUUAAUCAUAGGC